ACCGCCAUAUUGGGCAACUAAAAAAAGGGGGCUCGUCUUUUCGGGGUGUUUUUCUCCCCCUCCCCUGUCCCCACUCUCUCGCCGCUCCGUGACUCCGACGCCGGCAAGGUUUGGAGAUCCGCUCGGUCGGCGGGACCCGCGGGCUCGCAGCUGCCCGGACUCGGACUGGCUCUGCCCCCUCCUCUCUCCGCUGCGCUCCUCUCCCCUCCCCUCCCCGCCUCCCGCUCGCCUGUCCACUUGAUCGGCGGGGACUUGGGGCUGCCUGGCCGGGGCUGCCCCUCGCCCCCUCCCCCAGCCCCGCGCGCUCCUGACGCUCGGGCACUUACUCGUCCGUGUUUGUUUCUCUUGGCUCGGAGGGCAGUCGCAGGGCUUAUAAGAGGGGCUCGGGCUGGGUCGGGGCGUUUUGUUUUGUUCGUUUUGUUUUGCGAGAGCGCAAGAGAGGCGGUCGCCGAGCCCGGGGAGGAAGAUGUCAAACGUGCGAGUGUCUAACGGGAGCCCGAGCCUGGAGCGGAUGGACGCCAGACAGGCGGAGUACCCCAAGCCCUCGGCCUGCAGAAACCUCUUCGGCCCGGUCAACCACGAAGAGUUAACCCGGGACUUGGAGAAGCACUGCAGAGACAUGGAAGAGGCCAGCCAGCGCAAGUGGAAUUUUGAUUUUCAGAAUCACAAGCCCCUGGAGGGCAAAUACGAGUGGCAAGAGGUGGAAAAGGGCAACUUGCCCGAGUUCUACUACAGACCCCCGCGGCCACCCAAAGGCGCCUGCAAGGUGCCGGCGCAGGAGGGCCAGGAUGUCAGUGGGACCCGCCAGGCGGUGCCUUUAAUUGGGUCUCAGGCAAACUCAGAGGACACGCAUUUGGUAGACCAGAAGACUGAUGCACCGGACAGCCAGACGGGGUUAGCGGAGCAGUGCACUGGGAUAAGGAAGCGACCUGCCACAGACGAUUCCUCUCCUCAAAACAAAAGAGCAAACAGAACAGAAGAAAAUGUUUCAGACGGUUCCCCGAACGCGGGUUCAGUGGAGCAGACGCCCAAGAAGCCCGGCCUCAGAAGGCGUCAAACGUAAAGUACUCGAAUUGAGAGUAUGUUUCCUUGUUUAUCGGAUACAUCACUGCUUGAUGAAGCAAGGAAGAUAUAAAUUAAAAAUUUUGAAUACAUAUCGCUGACUCCACGGAGUGGACAUCCCUUAUAAGCACUGAACAGCAACAACCCAAUAACACUAAAGUUUUAGGCACUCUUAAAUCAUCUGCCUCUAAAAGCAUUGGAUGUAGCAUUGUGCAAUUAGGUUUUUCCUUAUUUGCUUCAUUGUACUACCUGUGUAUAUAGUUUUUACCUUUUAUGUAGCACAUAAACUUUGGGGAAGGGAGGGCAGGGGGGGCUGAGGAAUUGGCAUGGGGGGUGGGGUAUGAAGAGCUUGCUUUGAUUUAGAGCAAGGAGAAAAAUAUUUGACUUGCACUAAGAGAAGCAGUUUGGGGGAAGGUUUUGUUUUCUUUAAAGAUGUAAGGUCCCUUUCAGUGAGAAUUGAUACUUCAUUUAAAAAAAUCAUCCAAAUUUGAACACUGGCUGCAGAUAAUUGAUACUUAUUUUUACAUGAAGCUUUUUCUCAUUUAGGAGCUCUGAUGAUUCCGUUAUGUAGCAGCAAAUGGCUAUUUUUUUUUUUUUUU